AUGAACAGAUUGCUUAAAAGGCCCCUUUUGACACUUGAAAAGCCCAGUUGUGUGCGUUUUACUGCCAUCUCUAAGAGAAACCGUAUCAAGGUGCAACUACUAAAGGACUUUCCAGGUGUGGGGGUUCGUGGAGAAGUAGUAAAUGUUAGACCUAGUUUGAUGAUCAAUACUUUACACCACAAUAAUGGAGCCUGCUAUUUACUUCCAGGACAGGGGCCACGUAUUCCUGUAGUUGAGAAAAAACAUGAAGCUAAGCAGAAAGAGCCAUUGUCCUCUCAAUCGGAGACACGAACAACCAAAGCUGAUUCGAAGCCUACGAUGACUCCUGAUUUACUAGCCAAAUUAACAGGACUAUCUUUCAAAGAGUCAACGUCUCCUUCGAAGGCAGAAAACAGUGGUUCAGCAAAUGAAUUAGAAUUAGCCACUGCCAUUCAAGACAUGCCAAAGGUAAUCUUCAUGAGAUACGCUACAGAUGACAAUGGAACAUUGAAAAAUGAGAUCAGAAAAGAUCGCCUUUGCGAACACCUGUUCAAACUUACAGGGUUUACUAUUCCUACAGAGUUUAUCACCAUCCAAUACAUGUCUCCCAAUGGACCUAUAGACUUGGAUUAUAUGGACUUUGUAGGGGACUAUACCUUGACCUUCAAGUUGUCCUCCACGUUCGAACCAAUUGUUAAGAACGCGAAAAUUAUCUCCAGUAAUAUCGAUUUGGCCCUGCAAAAAGAUCUCAUCCGUCCUUAG